AACCAGUGUAGUUUCGCUUAAGGUUUCGAGUACCCAAAAGUAUCAAGAUAUGGCUAUAACUCUGAUCCUGCUUGUGCUGUCAGUUCCAGCAGUUACUUCUAAGGGUUCACAUUCUCUGUCUUUGCAUUCAACAUACAUUAAAGGAAAAACAUUAUUUCCUGAAUAUAGUUACACGUUUAUGUUGGAUGAUGUUGUAGUAGGACACUUUAAUUCAAAGACACUGACAUAUGUUCCAAAAGGAAAUACUACAGAUGAAGAUGACGUGAUUGACCCACAACAUAUCAGCAUCAUAAGUAAAUAUAUAUAUGAUGAUUUUGAGGAGAGAUGGAUUGUACUGGAAGGGGGUAACCUUACAGACAGUCUUCAGGUUCAUCAAAAGAUGGUUCUGUGUGAACUGCUGAACAAUGACAAGCCAGGACAAAUGAUAAGCAGGAGUGCUUCCAAGGGCUUCACCACAGAUGAACUAUGUUAUCUUGAUGGCAAGUUUACUUACCAAGGAGGUUCUUAUUUCACACAGCAAGAGCUCAAACUACAUCUGCAACUGUCCAUGUGGCGUCAUGAGAAUUUGUAUUACCCAGCUUGCAUAAAAACUCUGAAAAAUUACCUCAAGAAGAGAAAAAAACAAGUUAACAGAAAAGUAAAACCCAGACUUAAAUUCAUCCAGAAAGCAAACUCAGAUUCUGGAGGGUUUCGUGUGAGUUGUUUGGCAACAGGAUUUUACCCUCGUCACAUCAACCUGACCCUGUUCAGAGAUGGGCAGCCUGUAGCUGAUCAUGAGAUCACUGGAGGAGAUCUGCUGCCCAAUGCUGACGGGACGUACCAGAUGAGGAAGAGCAUGGAGAUCAGUGCUGCAGACAAACACAAAUACACCUGCUCUGUCACACACCUCAGUCUGGACAACAAACUGGACAUUGAGUUGGAAUUUGACCCUGGUGAACCAUUUAAAUCAGUGAUUACUUUAGUGCUGACAGUUUUGGCUCUGGUGUUGGUGUUUGGGACACUGGUGUUGGUGUCUGGAAUCAUCAUAUGUAAAUGCAGAAGGAGACAAGCAGCUUCCUUAAAGAGUGAUUAUUCUGCUGCUUCUACAUCUGAAGAAAACAUGGACCCAGCAUCUUGAAGUUUAUGUAAAUUCUAUGAAGCUACUUUUUGUUUUCCAUAUUUUACUGUAGAUUAAUACAAAUGUUCAAAGU